GAUGAAUAUUAUAAGAAAAGCAUCCACUACUAUUUUGAGACCAUAAUUCAAUUAUUAAAAAGUUAUUCUAUUCCCAGGAGAUGGAAUAGGCCCUGAAAUUUCUAAAGCUGUAAUCGAUAUAUUUGAUUCUGCAAAAGUGCCAAUUGAAUGGGAAUUUCAUGAGAUUCACAAAAAAAGAGUGACUGAAUAAGGUGAUUUAAUCACAGAAGAAACUCUUAAAUAAGUGAAAGCCUUGAAAUAUGCAUUAAAAGGUAUUAUUACCCUUAAAUUCAUCAGGACCAUUCGAAACCCCUAUCGGAAAGGGAUAUAGAUCAAUAAAUGUUACCUUAAGAAAGAGAUUAUAAUUAUUUGCUAAUGUUAGACCAUGUAAAUCCAUUAAAGGAGUUAAAACUCCAUAUCCAGGAGUUGAUGUUGUAACUAUCAGAGAAAACACUGAAGGAGAAUAUAGUGGUUUAGAACAUGAAGUCGUUCCUGGAGUAGUUGAGAAUCUCAAAAUAGUCUCUUAUAAUGCUUGUUAAAAUAUUGCAUAAUAUGCAUUCGAAUAUGCAAGAGCAAACAGUAUUUAAUAUAUAAUAAUUAUAGAUAGAAAAUAAGUAGUUGCAUGUCACAAAGCAGGUGUUAUGAAACAAGGAGAUGGACUAUUUUUGAAAGUUUGUGAUGAUGUUGCAAAAAAUUAUCCAGAAAUUGAAUUUAGUGAAGAAUAAAUUGAUACUAUGGCUUUUAAAUUAGCAAAUGAUCCUACCAAAAUUGAUGUUAUGGUCAUGCCUAAUCUUUAUGGUGAUAUUGUCUCAGAUCUUUGUGCAGGUUUGAUUGGAGGAUUAGGAUUGACAGCAUCAGGAAAUAUUGGAAAAGAUUGCGAAGUAUAUGAAGCUGUUCAUGGAACUGCACCUGAUAUUGCAGGGAAAAAUCUUGCAAAUCCAACUGCACUACUAUUAUCAGGAAUUAUGGUAUGAAUAAACAUUUAAUAAAAUAGAUGUUAAAAGCUAUGAGACUAAAUGAUUAUGCUAAUAGAAUCGAAAAUGCUACAUACUAAGUAUUAGAAGAAGGCAAAUUUUUGACUGGUGAUCUUGGUGGCAAAAGUACAACCACAGAUUAUACCAAAGCUAUUAUUGAUAAAUUAUGAUCAAUGU